ACCCUGUAGUGCCUCAUUGAGCAGACUUAGAAUGGCUACCUUUUCAGCAGGGUGGCAACAUACAGGGUCCCCGGGCCCAAGGCUGGAAGAGCCUCUGGUGUGGUAUGGGGACCGUCAGGUCAGGUCUGGAAGAACUAUGGGAACUUGAGAGGCAUCAGGGCCUACAUCAGCAGCCCCUCCAGCCAGCCCCGCUGCCACUAGAGAAGCCUCUGUCUGAGUGGCCAGUGCCUCAGUCCAUCAGCCUGUUUCUACCAGAGUUUCCCAUGAGGCCUGUUAGGGGGCAGCAGGAGCUGAAGAUUUUAGGCCUUGUGGCUAAAGGCUCUUUUGGAACUGUCCUGAAAGUGCUAGAUUGUGCCCAGAAAGCUGUAUUUGCAGUGAAGGUGGUGCCCAAAGUAAAAGUCCUACAGCAGCAUACCCUAAGGCAGUGCAAAGAGGAGGUUAGCAUCCAGCGACAGAUCAACCAUCCUUUUGUACACAGCUUGGGGGACAGCUGGCAGGGAAGGCGACACCUCUUCAUUAUGUGUAGCUACUGCAGCAUGGAUCUCUACUCCCUGUGGUCUGCUGUUGGUGGUUUUCCAGAGGCUUCUAUCCGUCUCUUUGCAGCUGAACUGGUCCUUGUGCUGUGCUAUCUCCAUGACUUGGGUAUCAUCCAUCGGGAUGUAAAGAUGGAGAAUAUCCUUCUGGAUGAGCGAGGCCACCUGAAACUGACAGACUUUGGUCUGUCUCGCCGCCUAUCCCAGGGAGCACGAGCCUAUACUAUAUGUGGCACUCUUCAAUACAUGGCCCCAGAGGUCCUGAGUGGUGGGCCUUACAGCCACACUGCUGACUGGUGGUCCCUGGGAGUACUGCUUUUCUCUCUGACAACUGGCAAGUUCCCAGUGGCUGCAGAAAGAGAUCAUGUGACCAUGUUGGCAAGUGUGAUCCACUGUGAAUCUGAGAUGCCAGUUUCUAUCACUCAGGAGCUCUCACUCCUGCUCCAUGAGCUUUUAUGCCAGAACCCUCUGCACCGUCUACGUUAUCUGCAUCAUUUCCAGGUACACCCCUUCUUUCGGGGUGUGCCCUUUGACCCUGAGCUCCUAAAGAAGCAGCCAGUGAACCUUGUCAUGAACACACAAGAUACCAGUUCAUUGGAAUCUGUGCCCUUCAAGGACUUUGACUGUGAUCUGGAGUCCUGGGUCCACUCCAUCUCUCCUGAUUCCCUACUGUAGAUUGGAGCCUAACUAGAACCCUGAAGAUUCCUACUACCAACUCAGUAUGACCACCAUGAAGGUCC